UCUGCUUAAUAAAACAUCUCGAAAUUGAGUAGGUACCUGUUGUCGUGGAUGCUUGCUCCUCGGCUUUGAGAGGCUGAUGAUCCCUGACCCUGACUUCUUCAACGCUUCAAGCGAGACAUCUGAGAAGAGCUUCCCCACGUUUUUGCACCCUUCAACACAAUGCGAUGGCCACCAUGGUCGACAGAAUCUGAAAGGGAUCGCGAUGAGAAGAAGAAGCCUGUAUCAUGGACAGAUAAUCUUAAUGCCACCGAUUGGUCCCAUUACACGGAUCCGCGCACCAUAAUUCCUACCAUCCUCCUCACCACAACAAUCUUGGCCUCCGCACGCCUUUACCGUACAUACUUGCGACGCAUACCUGAAGCCGCACACAUCAAGCCGACGUUCUUCAGGAAAAGAAGUCUCUUUGGCACAGUCACAAGAGUUGGGGAUGCUGAUGGCUGUCGAUUAUUUCACACGCCAGGUGGCAGAUUAAUGGGAUGGGGUUGGCUACCAUGGCGGAAAGUCCCAUCGAACGUAUCAGAUCUGAAGAAUAAUACGAUAUCCAUUCGAUUAGCUGGAAUCGAUGCGCCUGAGGGUGCUCACUUCGGCAAGACCGCUCAACCAUAUUCGGCGGAGGCAAUGGAAUGGCUGAAGAGCUAUAUUUUGAAUCGACGAGUGAGGGCGUAUAUCUAUAAACAAGACCAAUACUCGCGGAUAGUAGCCACUGUCUUUGUGAGACGGUUUCUGUUUCGGAGAGAUGUAGGCAAGGAGAUGCUCAAGAGGGGGCUUGCUACGAUAUACGAUGCGAAGAUGGGUGCCGAGUUUGGAGAUUUUGAAGAAGAAUAUAGGAAGGUAGAGAAGGUUGCCAAGCGGAAAAAGCUUGGGAUGUGGUCUGGAAAGGAUUAUGAGAGUCCGAUGGACUACAAAAAGAGGACUGCAGCUCAGAACGAACAACAUUGAAGAGGCGUCUCGACAACACUUUCAAUGAAUGGUAGACGUGAAAGCACUUGGACGGCGACAACGAUCAGAUCUAGAAUACACAUAAAAGCGGAUGGAUCUACUUGAUAUGGAGGGAGCUAUGAAGCUCAUCUGGAUUCGGCAGACGGGACCUGAGCUCUCAGGACCGUAAGUUACACGCAAGACCAGAUAUGGAAUAUCUGUGCAUGCGAUGGUCUCAAAGCACGCACGCUUGUCGUUGCAAUCGC